CUAGGCUCGACUGGCACUCACCCACCACCCCCCGUCGUCCCUGCUGUGAUGUCCUGUCUGUAGCAGGUUCCCGGGCCCCCGGGCAUGUAGGGAGGGCUCGCAGAGCCACGGGCGCUGCAGGGCACUCUGGAGGCAGCUCUGCCUGCUGCGCGCUCUGGUGCCUGGGGAAAUGCCCAACUGACGGGCGAGCUGGUGAGAAAGAGAACAUUGCCUUUUGGCCCUAGUUCGCAACAUCCAUGGCGCUGCCAGUCGGUCUGGUGCCCCUGUGCUGCUUGGCACUUCUGGCUCUGCCGGCCCAGAGCUGCGGACCGGGUAGGGGGCCGGUGGGCCGCCGCCGCUACGUGCGCAAGCAGCUGGUGCCGUUGCUCUACAAGCAAUUCGUGCCCAGCGUGCCCGAGCGGACCCUGGGCGCCAGUGGGCCUGCGGAGGGGAGGGUGGCAAGGGGCUCCGAGCGCUUCCGGGACCUGGUGCCCAACUACAAUCCCGACAUCAUCUUCAAGGAUGAGGAGAACAGUGGCGCAGACCGCCUGAUGACAGAGCGCUGCAAGGAGCGGGUGAACGCGCUGGCCAUCGCAGUGAGGAACAUGUGGCCCGGAGUGCGCCUGCGUGUGACCGAGGGCUGGGACGAGGACGGCCACCACGCGCAGGACUCCCUCCACUACGAAGGCCGGGCCUUGGACAUCACCACCUCUGAUCGCGAUCGCAAUAAGUAUGGGCUGCUGGCGCGCCUGGCAGUGGAAGCCGGCUUCGACUGGGUCUACUACGAAUCCCGCAACCACGUCCACGUGUCGGUCAAAGCCGAUAACUCCCUGGCGGUCAGGGCAGGCGGCUGCUUUCCGGGAAACGCCACCGUGCGUCUGCGGAGCGGCGAGCGGAAGGGCCUGCGGGAACUGCACGGCGGAGACUGGGUUCUGGCCGCAGACGCGGCAGGCCGGGUGGUGCCCACGCCCGUGCUGCUCUUCCUGGACCGGGACCUGCAGCGCCGCGCUUCCUUCGUGGCCGUGGAGACCGAGCGGCCCCCGCGCAAGCUGCUGCUCACGCCCUGGCACCUGGUGUUCGCCGCCCGAGGUCCGGCGCCGGCGCCCGCCGACUUUGCCCCGGUGUUCGCGCGCCGCCUGCGCGCGGGGGACUCGGUGCUGGCGCCCGGCGGGGACGCGCUCCGGCCCGCGCGCGUGGCCCGGGUGGCGCGGGAGGAAGCCGUGGGCGUGUUUGCGCCGCUCACCGCGCACGGGACGCUGCUGGUCAACGACGUCCUGGCCUCGUGCUACGCGGUCCUGGAGAGUCACCAGUGGGCGCACCGCGCCUUUGCCCCCUUGCGCCUGCUGCACGCGCUGGGGGCGCUGCUUCCGGGCGGGGCCGUGCAGCCCACCGGCAUGCACUGGUACUCGCGCUUCCUCUACCGCCUGGCGGAGGAGCUGCUGGGCUGAGCGCUUCAGGCACGGAAACCCCCAGGCGUUCGAUGUGGAAGGCUGCUGUGCUCUGUGAUGACGGGGAGGGAGGGACCGUUUAGGAGAAGAUGGAGGCGAUACCGAGCGCCCGGUUCAGGCUCCCUUAAACUGGGAGGGGAUUCCGGGGUCGGAGGAAGGUGGGGUUGAUGAUGCGCUUCCCUGACAAGGAUUAUUUGGCCUCUUCUUCCCCAGUGCCUCACUCCCACCGGGUUAUUUUAUUUUAUUUUCUAUUUAUAAAUUGUAAUAUAAUGGUCAGCUUGCCCUACCUGGGAAGGUGAGGGGUGACAGCUCGUCAUUCACACGGACAGUCAGCCCACCUGACCUCUGACAUUUUCCUACAGGUGGGUUAAUAAAGGGAAGGCAUCCAGGAGCUUAAUGGAAAGACAUCUCUGUUUGGAGGGCGUUUGACUCCAGAAGGGAGAAGAAAGGAGACCAACCUAGUCAGUAUCUACUUGCAAAUCUUUCCACCUUUCUGUAGCAGACCUUCUAGCACUGUUGCAGAGGACGCUCUUCCAGUCCAUUAGAAACCGACCAGGAGAGGGGCCAGAGCCAUAGAAAGGUGCUUGCCUUGCAUGUGGGUAGGGUGUUUGCCUUGCAUGUGGCUGACCUGGGUUUGAUCCUUGGCAUCCCAUAUGGUCCCCCAAGCAAGCACUGCCAGGAGUAAUUUCUGAGUGCAGAGCCAGGAAUAACUCCUGAGUGUCACUGGGUAUGAGAAAGAAAGAAAGAAAAAAAGAAAGAAAGAAAGAAAGAAAGAAAGAAAGAAAGAAAGAAAGAAAGAAAGAAAGAAAGAAAGAAAGAAAGAAAGAAAGAAAGAAAGAGAGAAAGAAAGAGAGAAAGAGAGAGAGAAAGAGAGAGAGAGAAAGAGAAAGAAAGAAAGAAAGAAAGAAAGAAAGAAAGAAAGAAAGAAAGAAAGAAAGAAAGAGAGAGAGAAAGAGAGAGAGAAAGAGAGAAAGAAAGAAGACCAGGAGAGGGUCAGAGCAGCAGCAGUAGUAGUACAGCAGUUGGGUGCUUUCCUUGCUCCUUGCACUUUGGCUGAACCCGGGUUCGAUCCCUGACACCCCGUAUGGUCCCCUAACCGCCCCCCCCCCAGGAGUGAUCCCUGAGCACAGAGCUGCACGGAGCCAGGAUUAAGCUCAAAUGAGGCUUUGAGCACAAUUAGAUGUGUCCCCCAAACAAAAUCAAAACAAAACAAACAAGUCAGACCAAAAGACUUGGGCCCUCUAAGAGGCUGGUCCCUUCUCCCGCCCAGAGCCACAAACUUGCAUUCUGACUGUUGAAGGGACCAGGGGCUUCCUUUGGGCCUUUUCUCUAGGUUCAUUGGUACUGAUGCUCAGGGAAUUUUGUCCCCUCUCCAUUAGACUGUGGUCCUGAUACCUCUUUUAAGACACCAUGAAUCAGCCUAGUCUCCAGGCUAUCCUAGUUAGUGUCUAAAUGGAGCUGAUUAUAUUUUUCUGGAGGGUCACUGGACCAAAUAAUGACACAUGAAAAUCCCUAGAUAAUUCAUAAUUUAUAGUUCUCACACUGCCAAUAGAGCGUUGGAAUCUUUCUUCUUUAUUUUUAUUUAUUUUAUUUUUUUGUUUUUAUUUUUGUUUUUUGCUCAGGGCUUACUCCUGGCUCUGCACUCAGGAAUUACUCCUGGCAGUGCUCAGGAAACCAUAUGGGAUGGAUGCUGAGGAUUGAAUUGGGUCGGUGGGGUGUGUGGUCCUACACAUUGCACUACGUCAUGGACCCCUGGAAUCUUUUUCUUCUAAAUGGCUGCUCAUAGAGAAUGCCUUCAGCCUCAGCAUAUUGCUGGGCGGGGGUCGGGGGAGGAUGAAAAAUAGGCUCUCCAUGCAGAGAUUCCCUUCCAGAUACCUGUCCUGUGGUUGCAUCUGCUGCUCACCUUCACCACCCUCUCCUGUCUCCCACUUUUGCCAGCUGUUGCUCUGACCUGUGUGUUUCUGGAAACUUUGGGUUACAGGCAUAGCAGACAUCUGUAAUCCAGGCAGAGAGGGCUCCUGAUUUAGAAAUGAAAGCUCUGAGAAAGUUUGUCUACACCUUGGAAGGAGAGUAUGUAGGGGCCGAGGGGUGGUGGGGCCUCUGGGACCACCAGGAGGAGUGCGUCUUUCCUGGGCUGGCCGGCCUGGAGGGUCCCUGCUAUACAGUGCCCUCUGCUGGCCUUCAGGGUUAGUUCCUUGUAGUUUCGGAUGACAGGAGAGAGAGCGAGAGCAGUGAGUGUCCCAUAAAGAGAGGCAGAUUGCACCCACAGAGACUAGAGGUGAAAGAUGGCGGGCGGGGCUUGUUAGGGUGCUUGGGAUGAGCCCAAGGUUUGAUCCAGCCCUUGAAGGGGCGGAGGGCUCCACCUGCUGUCUGGUGGAGAAGCCUUCUCGAACCAGCACUUCCCCGUUUCUCUGUCUUAGCUGUGGCUCCUGGAGAUACAGUGGAAACCCGUGGCAGUUCCGACAUCCUGGGCAUUCCAGUCACCCCUCAUCCCCCUUUCCCUUGUGGUCCCAGAGUUCAGUGUUUGGAGGUGAGGCAUACUUAGGAUUCCAGGACGUGCUCCCGAGGGCGGCAUUGGGAAGCAGGCUCUGCCCUUCUCUUCGCGCCAGGUGCUCCCCCUCUGGGUCAUAGUCAGAGGCAGAAGUUGCCCCGCAUCCCUCUUAUGCCAAACCAGGCCAUGACCAAUUUGAGAAAACCAUUCAUCCCCUUUCCUCUUGGCUCCUCUUACUGCCCCUCCCUCGUAUUUUUUUCCCCUCUGAAGUGGAGGCAUACUCUAUGGUGCUCAGGGAUCACUCCUGGCAGGCUUGGGGGGUCAGAUGGGAUACUGGGAAUGGAACUCAGGUUGGCAGUGUACAAGGUAAAUGCACAGCAUGCAACCCACUAUGCUAUUGCUUCAGCCCUGCCCCUUGUUCUUAUCUCAUUCUCACCCAAAAUAAGACUUUAUGCCAUAAAAAUAUCUUGAUGGUGAUUUCCAGUACUUUAAUAAGUUGAACGGGGAUUGGGUACUUGGUUCCCCUUAAACUACAUCCUAUAUUCUCAUACCUGACUAAUGUUUUUUACCAUUUUCAUCUCCUUGAGCCUCUUCUAACUCCUUCAUUUUUCUGUAAAUGAUUAAAAAAAAAAUCAGUUCCCUCAAAUGCCAAAGAGCAUCAUAUCCGGGGCUGGAGGGAUAGCACAGCGGGUAGGGAGUUUGCCUUGCACGCGGCCGACCCGGGUUCUAAUCCCAGCAUCCCAUAUGGUCCCCUGAGCACCGCCAGGGGUAAUUCCUGAGUGAAGAGCCAGGAGUAACCCCUGUGCAUCGCCGGGUGUGACCCCCCCCCCCAAAAAAGAGCAUCAUAUCCAAGAAAUAGGCCAUGAUUUCAUAUUUCACACAAUAUUUCCAGUUGCAACACCUCAUCAAUAAAGCAGGCAGUGAGCUGGGCCGAGAGUAAGGUAAUAAGCCUUGCACAUGACUAAUUCCACUGAAUCUCCAGUACUGUAUGUAGAUGGUCUCCUGAGUACCAACAGGUGUACUCACCCUUCCCCAGCAAAAAAAAUAGAGGCAGUGAGCAUUAGGGGGAAGGCCUGGCUGGGAAGUUAGGCAUUGCUGGAGCUAAUGCUAUAUCCCUGCCGGGUGGUUAUGGACAUCAGCAUCUAUGCCAGGUGGGACCUAGGGACCAGGUGUUACCAAUGUUUUAUAUUUUUGCAUUUAUUUCUUGUUGCCAUUGCUGCUUCUCUCCUCAUUAAUCUACCUAAAUUACUAACAACUGUUCCCAAACUUUUUGGAAGUGGACUCGCUUUGUCCUAUGAUUGAUUUCCUAAAGCUUCUUUCUUCACAAUGUAUUGUUUGACAGAUUUGGGUUUUAGAACUAAUGUAUAAUUUAGAGAUAAUUUUGAUUUGAGAAUAUACAGAUUAUUUUGUGAUAACCCUGGAAGAAAUGCAAGCUGGGAGGGAAGAGUGGAGAAAUGCUGCUCCAAGAUUUAGGUGACCUAUUUUGUUGCCCAGAAAUCAGAUCCCCCCACCCCUACCCCGUAACUCCCAUUCUUCAAGUAAGAUUAGGAGCAUGACAAAAUAACAACAUAAUAGGCAUUGUAAAAAACACACACACAUACACAUACAUAAUCUAGGGGCAAGAGAGAUAGGAAAGAAGUUAAGGCACUAGCCUUUUGGCCAACAGUGUUUGAUUCAGACAUCACACAUGGUCCCCCUUCACCUCCUCUGCACAGAGCCAGGAGUAAGCCCUGAACCCAGCUGGGUGUGGUGCAAACACACACACACACACACACACACACACACACACACACACGGACUAGGAAACAGCUUCUGUGCUAGAGAAGAAGAUAUAAAUGUAUAAAAUGGAUCAGGACCAAACAAAAUUGUUACUUAAUCAGAAUGAGUUGAAUGUAUAUACUAGUAGCAGAAGGUCUUCCAAAGAACAAGGAGACAGUAGAAUGUUGAGGCAUGUGUAGGUGGAGAACAGAGAGAAGUAACAUGAGCAAGGACUUAGUCAGUAUGAGAAUGAAAAUGGGCAGCUCUGUUAAAACUGUAGACUGGGAAACUUAACUUCGUGUACCUAAUGUUUACUGAGAACUUACUACAUGCUGGGUCCUGUUCUAGCACUUUAUAUGCAUUUUCUCUUCAUCCUCACAAUAACCCUAUGAGAGCAUAUUAUUGAGGCAAAGAGAGAUUGGAGGCCAGAGAGAUGGUACAAGAGUUAAGACAUUGCAGCUGUGACACUGGUUCAAAACCCAGCAUCAUAUACAGCCCUACCAGGAGUGACUCCUGAGCACAGAGCCAGAUGUGGUCUCUGAGCACACCGGGUGUGGCCCAAAAACCCAAAGGAGAGAGAGCAAGAGAGAGAGGGAGAGAGAGAAAGAGCAAGAGAGAGAAGAGAGAGAGAGAACAAGAGGGAGAAAGAAAGUUGAGUAACUUGCCCACUCCUUUAGUCAGUUAUGGAACCGGAAUCAGAAUAACAAGAAAUAAGACUAUCUUGGUGGAUGGGGCCACAGCCUAGAAGUCUGUGUCGUCAAAACACUUUGACUCUUCUCAGUCGCCUUCACUGAGACACUAAUAAAGUCCUAGUUUCCUGACACUUAUUUUUCUCUCAUUUUCACUGGCUCAUUUUCGUCCUGUCUCAUUUUGUCCUUCCCUGUUUGAAGUCCCCUAGCCACCAGUCAAGGAAAUACCUAUAGAGAUGGAGGGGGGUAACCCAACAAGAAAGUAUAGGAAGAUUCUAGAUCUUUGGGGGUUAAAGGAGAGGGGACAUUGAAUAUUUUUCUAACUUGAUUUAGAAAGGUGUUCAAAGUGAACAUAGUCUUCUCCAUAGUGAAAAAGGCAAACAAAGAAACACAGAAGCAAGCAGGAUACAUGUUCAAGAACAUAGACUUGAAGAGCAGACCUGAAUUUUGUUAAUACUCAAUGUCCAUGUCCCCUUCCCUGCCCCAGGCUGGUGUAUAGAAACCCUUGUGGAUCUACUGGAGAUGGGACCCCAGGAAGGGUUCAGUUCACAUGAGGUCAUAAUAGUAGGUCCCUCAUCUGAUGGACUCAAAAGGAGACACCAAAGAGUUUGCUUUCUCAAGGCUGGAGCAACAGUAUAGCAGGUAGGGCAUUUGCCUUGCAUGCAACCCGCAGGCUUCAAUCCUCAGCACCCUUAUGGCCCCCAAGCCCACCAAGAUUGAUCCGUGAGCACAGAGCCAGGAGUAAGCCUUGAGCAUACCAGGUGUGGCUCCAAUCCCUCCACCACUACAAAAAUAAAUAAAGAGUUUGCUUUUGCCACACACAUGAAGGCAGAAACAGUAAGGGAGAAAUGAGAAGGGGAACAUCUAAAAGCCAGGAAGAAAACACUCAUCAGAAAUCAAAUUGGGGAGGCUGAAGCGAUAGUAUAGUAGGUAGGGCAUUUGCCUUGCACACAGCCGACCUGGAUUUGAUUCCCAGCAUCCCGUAGGAUCCCCUGAGCACCACCAGGAGUAAUUCCUGAGUGCAAAGCCAGGAGUAACCCCUGUGCAUCAUCGGGUGUGAACCAAAAAAACAAAAAAAAAAGAAGAAGAAGAAGAAGAAGAAAGAAAUCAAAUUGGGGUGAGGGAGACAAAGGCUUAGCAUGCAGAGCCCUCAAUUCAAUCUCUGGACCUGCUGGGUCGCACCUCAGCACCAGGACUAAGCGCUGAGAGGAGCUUAUGGGCUUUAGAGUCCCUUCGGGGGCCAGAAUGAUAAUACAGCAGGUGGGACACGUGCUUUGUAUGUGGUGCACCUAGAUUUAACCUCCUGAUCCACAUAUGAUCCCCCAAGCCCUGCCAGGAGUGAUUCCUGAACGCAAUAGCCCUAAACACUACUGAGUAUGACUCAACAAUAAACUAAAACACAAUUAAAAAAAAGAAGUGCCUUUCCAUAAAUAAAUGAA